AUGCAGGAUAUGGAUUUCCUUGAAGGUAUCAACUUAACUUACACGCAGUUGUUGAUGGUUGCCAGUCAAGAGGGUGGGAUUGGUGGAUCCCAGCAAUUUGGUCACAAAGAAAACCCUGGUGGAGGAAUUAAUCAUGAGAAUGACAUGUUCAUGCUGACCGAACGAUAUGGAUGCUUGGAACAGGAUAACAACAUGUGUCAAACAACAAAAACACAGCAAACACAGAAAAUAGACGUUGGGGCGGAAGGUUUUCCUAGUUGGAUCUGGGACGACAACCGAACUGAAGAACACGCAGGCAGUAGCUACCACUCUGGAUACAGACCACACAACAGUGAUGACGAUGAAAUGGAUGACGAAUUAGACGAUGAUUUAACCAUUAAUGUUGAUGAAGCUGCUGCUGGUUUUAGGCUUGGAGAACAUUUUACAGAUGAUACAACUCCAGCUGGUUCUAGACAUGGUCCUAGUUUGACCGACGACAUGAGUGCUGAUGGUGAUUCACACAAUUCUCAACAAGCAUCUACAUUUGGAAAAAAACAGAAUGUACCUGAAUGUGAUGAUCAACAAGAUGAACAAGAUGGUGGUACUGGGCACAAGGAAAAUAUAGAACAGCUUUCACAAGAGGACAUUUUAAUGUUCCUAGAAAAUGAUAGUGUUGUCGCAGCUCAGACUUGCAGCCAAGAAGUGUGCAUCCACCAUGUCCCGCAUGUGGGCAUGCCCUUUGUUUCUCAUGAAGCUGCAUAUGCUUUCUAUAAUGAGUACGCAGCCAUCUGUGGUUUUGCAAUUGAAAAGGCAGGUACUUACCAUGCAAGUAAAUCUGGUGGUAAGGCGGUAACACGUUACACUUUCAAAUGCAACCGCUCAGGGAAAGUUGUUAGUGAGGAUGUGCUGGAAGAAAGAAAAAAAAAAGAGACAGCUCAAGAACCAAGAGAAAACAGGGGUUCCACCGCCUGAGAAGGUGAAAAGGAAAAGAAAAAACUCCAUUGAAAUAACUGGGUGUCAGGCUAAGAUGGUUGCAACACGAAAAGGAGAAAUUUGGCUUGUAACAUCUAUUGAUCUGGAACACAACCACACCCUAAGCCCUCCGGAUGAGUCCAAAUAUUUAAGAUCACACAAGCAUACGACAGAACAAGAGAAGUUGUUCAUUAGAACAUUCAACUCAGUGCAGAUGCCCACUAGGAAGAUUAUGGCCAGUCUUUCUUAUCUACGUGGCGGCAAUGCGCCCUACACAAAAAAAUAUGUUAGCAAUGUCAGGACAGCCAUAAACAGAGAAAAUGCAAGAGCGAUAUGUUACACGUGCUUGAGUACUUUAGGAACAAGCAGAAAGAGGAUCCAACUUUCUAAUAUGCUUUCAAAGUUGUCGACGAAGACAUCAACAAGGUCUUGUGCAUAUUCUGGGCAGAUGGCUACUCCAGAAAAAUGUAUGAGCUUUAUGGUGAUUGCUUGAGUUUUGACACAACAUACAAAACAAACCGUUACAAUCUGCCAUUUGCACCAUUUGUUGGCAUCAGUGGGCAUGGUCUCAAUUGCUUUUUCGCUUGUGCUAUUGUUAACAAUGAAACAGUUGACACAUUUGAGUGGCUGUUUAAAACAUUCCUAGACUGCAUGCAUCAAAAAGCUCCUAUGACAGUAAUUACAGACCAAGAUGUUGCAAUGAAAAGUGUUAUUCCUACUGUUUUCAAGGGAACUGUUCAUAGGUGCUGCCUCUUCCACAUAAUGAAAAAGGUUCAGGAGAGAUGUGUGUGAACUUUUUCAUUAAACCCAGAGUUGUAUCAUGAUUUCAGUGACAUCAUACAUAACUGCCUUACAGAGGCAGAAUUUGAGAUGUUGUGGCCCCAAAUGACACACAAAUAUGGAGUCGACAACCUCAAGUACUUCAGGUACAUGUGGAAGUACAGGAAGCUGUUUGUCCCAGUGUAUUUCAAGAAAUGCUUCUUCCCCUUUAUCCAUUCUACUGCUCGAAGUGAAGGCACAAAUGCUAUAUUUAAGGAUAAUGUAGGAUCAACAUUCAGUGUGAUUAGCUUUCUGCGUGAGUACCAACGGAUAUUGGAAGCAAUGCAGGAGAAUGAGAAAGAGCAAGACUCACUUACAAGGAUAACAAAACCAACCUACUGGCUCUGCAGUGAACUGGAAUUGCAGGCUGCUAACAAGUACAAUAGAGCUAUAUUCUACAGAUUUCAGAAAUUUAUAAAGUUUGCAAACUAGUUGCAUGUGGAGGAAGUUGAGAAAAACAGUAGAUUUGAGGUGUACAAGACAAGAAUGCUUGCUGACAAAGAUUUCAGAAUCCGCAGAUAUGUUGUCAUUG